UUGUGACAGGGGGAGGGGAGGGGGUCAAGACUAAUGUUACGUCCAUUAAUUAUGCGACACCUUUUUAACCAAACAGGAAAUAUCUUCAGUGUAUGAUGAUAUUCAAAUUCGUUUGAAUUUUUCUUGCCGUGCAUACAUAUUUACAUAUUUUUAUCACUGGGAGUUUAUCGGACAUUAGAAUUUGAAUGAUUCAUUCAAGUCUCGAAUUUUUCAUUGAGAAUUCUCGCGUUUCGCCGUUGAUAUAUCGUUUUUAUACUGUAAUCUAAUCAAAACAUUUUUUGGUGGACCACAUUUAAGAUGGAUCGUGGUAAGACAGUUCAGAAACUUUUCGAUGGUUUUUGUAAAGCAUAUCCUUUGAAAAGUCGACAGGCGAAUCAGGAUGCAUGUCAUGCUUAUUGGAGGUCUAUUAAGGACAAAUCUGAUUGCGAUAAAUUGGCGCAACUUAAAAUUAAGGAGCUUCAAAACAUGUCCAAAGCGCCCAGUGGAACACUAAUGAGUUUCUUCAAAACCGUACCGUCCGUACCCUCAUUGAACACUCAGUCGCAACUUUCCAGUGCUUCUACGAUCGCAUCAUCAGAUGACUCUGAGCUUACUGCGACUCCAAGCUCAUCACACCAGACGGAUUCGAAAUGUGCUACGGAAGCUACCAAGGAGACUAAAGGUGGUAAGUUCGCUUGCCCAAAGCAAGACGAAUUAAAAAAGGAAUUGGAAGCAGUGAAUGCGGAAAUCAGCUGUCUUUUAUUGCGCGAACGGAAUUCAAUAAUAUCAGUUGACCAGGAAAAAGAACUGAAACUUUUGAAGAACAAAAAGUGUAAAAUUGAGGCGGGUUUAAUUAAAUUGAAAUCCGACCAGCAAAGGCAACGCGAUUUCCGGAUCCAAAGGAAACGAGCUAUGGAUCACGCUUGUGAAUCUGAUCCGUCAUUAGCUAAUAAACUGAGAUUCAAGAAGGAUGUUGGACGUCCGGCAAUUGAGGUGAAUCAACCACAGUUCAUCAAAACGCUACUUGACAUUGCGCAACCCGGAGCAUCGGCAGAUGACCGCCGAAGAUCGGAGACACUGCGGACCGUGAAAACUCUAGAUGAACUCACUGAAGGAUUGCGUAAUGCUGGAUUUGAGGUAUGUAGAACAUCAGUUUACUAUCGCCUUCUUCCACGCAACAGUAGGACCACGGAUGGUAAGCGCCAUGUGAAAGCUGUUCCGGUGAAGUUAAUGAAGCCCGGAAAGGAUCUGCACCGCAUGCACGAAGAUGGAUAUUUUUGCACAGCAACAAUUAAUGCCUUGGAUGAGCUAGCUUCGUUACUAGGUCCAGCGGAAGUAGCCAAGCUGAGUAUCGAUGACAAAGCUCGAGUUCCUCUAGGUAUUGCCGCCGCAACGAGUCAAUCACCUCUGUUAAUGCACAUGGAAUAUCGAGUUCGACUUCCUGAUCACGAUUGGGCUGUAGCAGACAGGCACAAGUUGAUUCCGUCUGUCUAUGCCGGAAUCGCUAUCAAAGACAACGCAUUCGGUGAUAGAUCUGGUGUGACAUAUUCAGGACCUACAUACGUCGCUAUCAGAUCCGGAAAGCACAGUAAAUCUACCGCAUACAGCCACGCUAGAGAUUUCGACCAUUUGUAUGAGUUGGACAGUCCUCAUUAUAUCAGUUGAUGGAGGCCCGGACGAGAACCCGCGGUUUCAGAAGAACAUUGAAAUCGCCAUCCAUAAUUUUUUGACCAGAAAACUCGACUGUCUCUUUAUUUGCACUAAUGCACCAGGCAGAAGUGCUUUCAAUCCAGUUGAACGGCGAAUGGCUCCACUUUCGAGACAGUUAUCUGGUGUCGUGCUGCCUCAUGACCACUUCGGAACUCAUCUUGAUUCAAGUGGGAAAACCAUUGA